CGGCGGCUGCGGGAGCGUUGCGAGCGAGAGGUGCGGCGGGGACAGCGGUCGACUCUGGCAGUGACUGUGGCGGCAGCGAUCGCCCUGCUGUGAGAGGCUAUGGGAGCGCGCGCAUCCUCUGGGUACCCAGCGCGCGGCGGCUCGGAGCGCCCUGCCCCGCUGCUGUAGGGAGAGGCCGUGGAGCAGUCACUCGCUGAAGACCCCCGGGACCCACUGGUCUUGGCCCGUGGCUCGCCGUGCCUCCCCCGGGCUCCCGGGGCGCGGAAGAGCAGCCGUACUCCGGAGCGGGGCUAGCAGCAUGGGGACAGCCGCCGCCGCAGGAGAAGGCGCUGGACGGGCGCUCCAGUGGCUCCCUUGGCUAGGGCUCUGCUUCUGGGCGGCGGGGGCUGCGGCUGCGGCGGCCCGAGGAACUGACAAUGGUGAAGCCCUCCCUGAAUCCAUCCCAUCAGCUCCUGGGACACUGCCUCACUUCAUAGAGGAGCCAGACGAUGCUUAUAUCAUCAAGAGCAACCCCAUCGCACUGAGGUGCAAAGCUAGGCCAGCCAUGCAGAUAUUCUUCAAAUGCAAUGGCGAGUGGGUCCAUCAAAAUGAGCAUGUCUCUGAAGAGAGUCUGGACGAGAGUUCAGGCUUGAAGGUCCGGGAGGUGUUUAUCAAUGUCACCAGGCAACAGGUGGAGGACUUCCACGGGCCCGAGGACUACUGGUGCCAGUGUGUGGCUUGGAGCCAUCUGGGGACCUCCAAGAGCAGGAAGGCCUCCGUGCGCAUAGCCUAUUUACGGAAGAACUUUGAGCAAGAUCCGCAGGGAAGAGAGGUUCCCAUUGAAGGUAUGAUCGUGCUACACUGCCGUCCGCCCGAGGGCGUUCCUGCUGCCGAGGUAGAGUGGCUGAAAAAUGAGGAGCCCAUUGACUCUGAACAAGAUGAGAACAUUGACACCAGGGCGGACCACAAUCUCAUCAUCAGGCAGGCGCGGCUCUCGGACUCUGGAAAUUACACCUGCAUGGCAGCCAACAUCGUGGCCAAGAGGAGGAGCCUGUCAGCCACAGUGGUGGUUUACGUGAAUGGAGGCUGGUCUUCCUGGACAGAGUGGUCAGCCUGCAAUGUUCGCUGUGGUAGAGGAUGGCAGAAACGUUCCCGGACCUGCACCAACCCAGCUCCUCUUAAUGGUGGGGCCUUUUGUGAGGGCAUGUCAGUGCAGAAAAUAACCUGCACUUCUCUCUGUCCCGUGGAUGGGAGCUGGGAAGUGUGGAGCGAGUGGUCGGUCUGCAGUCCUGAGUGUGAGCAUUUGCGAAUCCGAGAAUGCACUGCUCCGCCCCCAAGAAACGGGGGCAAGUUCUGCGAAGGUCUAAGCCAAGAGUCCGAGAACUGCACAGACGGCCUCUGCAUCCUAGAUAAAAAACCUCUUCAUGAAAUAAAACCCCAAAGCAUGGAGAAUGCCAGCGACAUUGCUCUGUACUCGGGCCUGGGCGCUGCAGUGGUCGCUGUUGCGGUCCUGGUCAUUGGCGUCACCCUCUACAGACGGAGCCAGAGUGACUAUGGCGUGGACGUCAUCGACUCGUCUGCAUUGACAGGUGGCUUCCAGACCUUCAACUUCAAAACAGUCCGUCAAGCAGGUAACUCCCUGCUCCUGAAUUCCUCCCUGCAACCUGACCUCACAGUGAGCCGAACGUACAGUGGGCCCAUCUGUCUCCAGGACCCCCUGGACAAGGAGCUCAUGACGGAGUCCUCACUCUUUAACCCUCUGUCGGACAUCAAAGUGAAAGUUCAGAGCUCAUUCAUGGUUUCCCUGGGAGUGUCUGAGAGAGCUGAGUACCAUGGCAAGAAUCAUUCCGGGACUUUUCCCCAUGGAAACAACCGCGGCUUCACUGCAGUGCAUCCCAGAAACAAAACACCCUACAUCCAGAAUCUGUCAUCACUUCCUACAAGGACGGAACUGCGGACCACUGGUGUCUUUGGCCACUUAGGAGGACGCUUAGUCAUGCCAAAUACAGGAGUGAGUUUACUCAUCCCCCAUGGCGCCAUCCCAGAGGAGAAUUCUUGGGAGAUUUACAUGUCCAUCAACCAAGGUGAACCCAGCCUCCAGUCGGAUGGAUCCGAGGUGCUCCUGAGUCCGGAAGUCACCUGCGGUCCCCCAGACAUGACUGUCACCACUCCUUUUGCCCUGACCAUACCGCACUGUGCGGAUGUCAGUUCUGAGCACUGGAAUGUCCACUUAAAGAAGAGGACCCAGCAGGGCAAGUGGGAGGAAGUAAUGUCAGUGGAGGAUGAAUCCACGUCCUGUUACUGCCUCUUGGACCCCUUUGCAUGUCACGUGCUCUUAGACAGCUUCGGGACAUACGCCCUCACUGGAGAACCAAUCACAGACUGCGCCGUGAAGCAGCUCAAGGUGGCCGUCUUUGGCUGCAUGUCCUGUAACUCUCUGGACUACAACUUGAGGGUCUACUGCGUGGACAACACCCCUUGUGCAUUUCAGGAAGUGGUUUCAGAUGAAAAGCAUCACGGUGGGCAGCUACUGGAAGAACCCAAGUUGCUGCAUUUCAAAGGGAACACCUUCAGUCUUCAGAUCUCUGUCCUCGAUAUCCCCCCGUUCCUCUGGAGAAUCAAACCAUUCACUGCAUGCCAGGAAGUCCCAUUCUCCCGCGUGUGGAGCAGUAACCGGCAGCCCCUGCACUGUGCCUUCUCCCUGGAGCGCUACACGCCCACCACCACCCAGCUGUCCUGCAAAAUCUGCAUCCGGCAGCUCAAAGGCCACGAGCAGAUCCUCCAAGUGCAGACAUCCAUCUUAGAGAAUGAAAGAGAAACCAUCACUUUCUUUGCACAAGAGGACAGCACUUUCCCUGCACAGACUGGCCCCAAAGCCUUCAAAAUUCCCUACUCCAUCAGACAGCGGAUUUGUGCCACGUUUGAUACCCCCAAUGCCAAAGGCAAGGACUGGCAGAUGUUAGCACAGAAGAACAGCAUCAACAGGAAUUUAUCUUACUUUGCUACCCAAAGUAGCCCAUCUGCUGUCAUCCUGAACCUGUGGGAAGCUCGUCAUCAGCACGACGGUGACCUUGACUCCCUGGCCUGUGCCCUUGAAGAGAUUGGGAGGACACACACGAAACUCUCAAACAUCACAGAAUCCCAGCUCGAUGAAGCCGACUUCAGCUACAGCAGGCAAAACGGGCUCUAGUCCGCCUCCUCCCGAGAGACAGAGUGAUGGCCAGCUUUGGGACACUUGCUUUACAAGGGAAAGAAAGAGGCAGCUUUCUGCCCGGCAGCACUUGGGGAAUUCGGCCUUCACUUACAAUCAGUGAGCACCCCUGAUUGAAGCCACUGAGUUUCAUAUUGGUAAAAUAUGUUGACAGGGAAAAAAAGUACAGGUUCUCUUAAAUAUAAGGGGGGGGGUCCACUGUCUCCUCUGAAUCCACACUCGGGUUAACACUUGAUGAACUUCUCAGAUUUGAAGUGACAAGGAUAAAAGUGAGGGCCUAUCUAGGUAGAAGGAACUGUGGGGAAAGAUGAGCUACAGCAGAGCUGGGGAGGCAGAGAUGGAGUAAGUGCAUGUUUUAAAACAGGUUUUCAACGAUGUGCCCCAAAGGGCCAGCUGAUUCUGGUACUAGAUUGUCAGAGUUUUCUGCCAACCGGCAUCUGUGAUGUCGGCGAUCGUUGUAAACUGGCCUUUAGAAGUGGAGCUGGGUUGCCAGCCCGUUUUAGGACUUUGACACCGUCGAGGAGGGCGUGUAGUAUGUAGCAUCCGAGUGCGCCACACCAGCACCACUUCCCUGUCCGUCCUAGCCACUGAAUGGGAACAAGACCGAGAGGUAAGACAGGUCACAACCUAGUUCUUGCAGCAUACCCCACCCUCCAUUUCUCCAAGGACAAAUCUGUCCACGUUCUUCCUUCCCUGUCCUUACCCACUACAGUAGGGGAGAGAUUUCAAGGAGCAUCGACUUUUCAAUAUGGAAAUGUAUUUUUUCCUAACUCAACAAAGCAGGGCCAUCCCUAGUCCCAGUUAAGCCACUCAAAUCGCAAAAGCUACUAGAACACAGCUUAUUACAUAGAUUUGGAGGCAAUAGAGGUCAAAUCAGGUCCAAGGAGACAUAUGAACUGCAGAUGCCACAGGCCUCAAAUAAGCUGAAACCCUAGGACACACGUGUUGAUUUCGUUCCCCAACACUGUCGCUGUGAAGGGAUGAGGGGCCUUACUGUCCUUCACAACCUCCGUUCUCAAAUUUCUGGCCUUCUCAUACUAUGUUAUCUCACAAUCUCUCCGGAGGGCUACAGGUCAGCCUCCUUUUGCCCCUUGGGAAGUUAGCAGACGGUCUUUGCUGUAAAUGGUAUCCGAGAACACAGACCUGGGAAAUACCUCUACCAGCGUGUCCCAGAAACCACAUGCAUUGUUCAGGGAGCCUUCAGCUCUGGUAACUCACCUUCACCAAGUAUGCUUCCUUUACAGGACCAUUAACAAGACCAUUAACAUACGGCUUUAUGUUUUAAAUGAGAGGCAGUGAUGUGGAGACUGAAAACCACAGGUAAUACAUGACCCCCAUCUUAACAUUUACCCCGUCUUUUGUCACAUUUAAUCUCUUUUGACAAAAUGUCCUAGUAGACUAAAGAUGAACAGAUUUCCUCCAGCUCAUCUUCAAAAUUAGCUGUCCAGCACUGGGACAACCAAAGUCAAGGACCUAGAUGAACCACAGGGCUGCUCAGCGACGUAGAGUCU